GUAAGAACCAUUUGCACUUUGUUUCUAGACACUCAAACGAACUGUAACAAGCUGUGAAAAAUAUUCAGUCAGAUCUAAAUUUCAAUUUUAUUUUUUAUUGAAAAUUUUUAAGCUGAAAACCGUUUUAUAUAUAAAAAUUUGCAUAAAAGGAAAUAAUUAAAAUUAAAUUGAUAAAACUACUUGCAAACUAUGUCCUCGCUACGGAUAACAAAUUGGCUAACAAAAUCUCUGCUGAGAUUUCGAAAUGUGAAAAAUUUCCAACAAGUCUAUCUGAGGUGUUACGCCGAUGAUUCGCGUGUGACGAAAGGACUUGUGAUCGGCCUAUAUCAGAAGGAGGGCGAGAAGGAGGCAAAGCUAACAUCGAGUGGAGAGAAAUUCGAUGACCGUGUGCAGGGCAAAGUAUCUGAGUUAAUCAAAGAAACGAAUCUAUCUGGAAGAUUGGGCAGAGGAAAGGUUUUCAACAAUAUUGAUCAGGAAUUUCGAUCUAUAGCAGUGGUCGGUGUUGGACGUGAAGGCGCUGGUUUCAAUGAGUUGGAAAUGUUGGAUGAAGGCAUGGAAAAUGUUCGCGUAGCAGCUGGUGUCGGUGCACGCAGCCUGCAGAUGCAAGGCUGUUCAGAGGUUUUUGUGGAUUCAAUGGAAUAUCCCGAACAAGCUGCCGAGGGUAGUGCUUUGGCGAUUUGGCGUUAUCAAGAUAAUAAAAUGAAAAAAGACCGAACAAUAAUUCCCAAAUUAGAAUUGUACGAUUCACCCGACAUAGACGCUUGGACACGUGGUCUUUUUAAAGCCGAAGCACAAAAUCUUGCACGUCGUCUUAGUGACGCACCAGCCAACCAAAUGACUCCAACCACAUUUGCACAAGCUACCGUUGAUGCGUUAUGCCCAUGCGGUGUAACUGUGGAAAUUCGUACAAUGGAGUGGAUAGAGCAACAACAUCUGAACUCUUUUCUAAUGAUUGCGAAAGGUUCGUGUGAGCCGCCAGUCUUACUGGAAAUCAGCUAUUGUGGCACAGCUCCCGAGGAUAAACCGAUAUUGUUGCUGGGCAAGGGUAUGACAUUCAAUAGUGGCGGUCUCUGCUUGCGUCCAUGCAAAGGAAUGGAUGAAUACCGUGGAGCCAUGGCCGGUGCUGCUGUUGUCGUCGCUUCCAUUCGUGCCGCCGCGGCUUUAUCCUUGCCUAUUAACAUUUCCGCUGUUAUACCACUUUGCGAGAAUAUGCCCUCGGGCAUGGCUUGCAAGCCAGGCGACGUAGUCACGUUACUCAACGGCAAAUCAUUGGCGAUACGCGACACUGAUAAAGCUGGCGUCGUGGUGAUGGCAGAUCCAUUGAUCUAUGCACAGACUACAUACAAGCCACGUCUGGUGGUUGAUGUGGCUACGCUUGGUAAGGGUGUCAAAAAGGCGUUGGGCGGUGGAGCUACGGGCAUAUUUUCAAAUUCGCAUUACAUUUGGAAGCAAUUCCAAAAGGCUGGCUCACUAACUGGCGAUCGCAUGUGGCGCUUACCAUUGUGGAACUACUAUAAAUAUUUGGUUACAAACCAUGUUAGUUUUGAUGUCAGCAACAAUGGUUCUGGACCGGCUUCAUCUUGCCUGGCAGCGGCAAUAUUGCACCAAUUUGUGCCCUGUGUCGAUUGGGCUCAUUUGGAUAUACGGGGCGUGGGUAUGUUGACAAAGUACGGUACUCUGCCAUAUUUGUUGAAAGAUCGCAUGACGGGCCGCCCAACUCGUACCAUGAUACAAUUCCUAUAUCAAAUGGCCUGUCCAGAUCAACAGAAGUAGUAGUAGAAGUAAGCGUGUAAACGCCUAAUUUUCUACUCACCAAACCCUGCCACGACGCGUCUGAGAGAGGCCCUCAAUGAAGAAGAAGAUGAAAUGUAUUUGUAUAUGAAGAUGUGUAGUAAUGUCCUGAGGUCAAAAUUUUAUCUGUGUUUUAAUUGUUUCUUUCUUAAUCAUUCUAAAUGGCGAUGUUUAUAUAUUUUUGAUUAUUGCUGUGACAUGUUCUACUCAAUGCAAAUACAUAUAUUUUUAAAAUAUGAUUUGUAUUAAAAAUUGUGUUUUCUUUUUUCUUUUAUUUAUUAGCAUUAUAUACAAACAUGAUAGGUAGACGUGAUAUGGUGUAAAAAUUUAAAAAAUAUGGUAAAAUUUUAUCAAAAUGGAUAAACGCCAAAAACUCUGCAAAAUAGUAGCUUCAGAUUUACAUUAUGUUUAAGAUUCGAAAAUAUUAA